AUUUUCUGAUUUAAUAAUUUCAAUCCAAUCAAGUCCAUUGGUAGAUUUAAUUUUCUUGAUUGUUGUCAAUCAAAAUACUCUGACUGUUUAUUGUAUGUGACAAUAGUUAACUUGAUUAAUUGUCAUAUUCAUUGACAAUUAAGUGAGCAGAAAACAAAAGUUCGUGACAAUUGUAAACAAUAAUCAGCAAAACGGAAACAAUUACAAUUAAAAUUUUCGAUGAAAUUAAUUCAUCAUUAAUCAGCAAUUUUUUUUACUGUUUACCUUUAAUUUGAUUGUUAACAAUUUAGCUAAUCAGUUGCGUUAACAAUUUACAACGAAUCUAUUUGACAAACUUAUGAGGAGAAAAAUUGAAAUUAAAUUGCUGAUUGUUAACACAAUACACACUUUGAUUUUCUCAUCAAUAAACAAAUAAUUAAAUGUUAAUUGUUGGUCGUAAUGAUCAAUAUUUUGAAACAAUCAAGCAAAAGUUUUUUUGGUAAAAAAAGUUGAUAAAUAACAGAAAUGAUUGACAAAUCUAUGGGAAAAUAAAUUAAAACAUUGAUUAAAAAUCAACAUUGUAAAUAAAAAAUUAAGUAGAAACCGUUGAAUCAAUAGAUGAGCGACAAUUUAAUUUAAUUGUUAUUUGAUUGAGUCAGUGAAACGAUAUUCACAAUUAACAUUACAUUUACUAGUCUUUAUUCAAGUUUCAAUGAGAUGAUAAAACUUUAAUCCAGUUUUUUUUGAUUAACUGUUACCCCAGAAAAAAAAGUAAACAUAGUGAUUAAUUGAAUAGUUAUUAGUUAAUUGUGAUUAAAAAUGCCUUCAGGGGAAAGUAAAUCACAUCCGAUGACCACAGAGCAAAAGAAACUGUUGAUUGCUUAUUUUUAUAUGAAUUUUUGUGUUGGUGCCUCCAAUUCAAUCUUGGCUCCAUUUUUCCCCAAAGAGGCUGAACUUAAAGGAGCCUCACCAAGUCAAUAUGGUUUAAUAUUUUCAAUCCAAGAGGUCAUUUGUUUUUUCCUGUGUCCAGUAUUUGUUAAAUUGUUACCUGUAAUUAAAACUCGCUGGAUGGUGAUCGGUGGUGCGAUUCUCGCCUCAAUAAGUAUCGCUUGCUUCGGUUUACUUAAAUGGUCACCCGGCGGACAGAGUUUCAUAAUAUUGGCUUUCACUAUCCGCUCAAUAUCAGCCGUCGGUAGUUCAGCUUUAAUUACUGGUAAUUACUCAAGUAUACCAGUUUUAUUUAAUCAUCACAUGGCUCAAGCUUACGGAACCUUUGAAUUAGGCCAAGGACUUGGUUCAAUCUUCGGACCAUUUAUCGGAGGACUUGUAUUCCAAUACACUGAUUUUUCAGGUCCAUUUUUUGUCAUGGCGGUAAUGGAAGUGAUCGCCGCCCUAAUUAUAUUUGUUGUCCUUCCGUCAAGUCCAAAACAUGAUAAUGAUUCGUCUUCUGGUAAUAGUUUCAAAUUCGUAAUGUCCAAUUAUUGGAUCUCUUUGAAUCUGGUGGUCAGUACUAUCGCUUGUGUUUUCCUCAGUUACAAUGAUUCAUCCCUGGAACCUCAUAUUAGAGAGGUUGCACAAUUAUCUCCUUUUCAAACUGGAUCAAUUUUCUUAGCCAGUGGAUUAACUUAUGCGAUUUCAUCGCAAUUGUUUGGUUGGAUUAUUGAUAAAAUGGACGAUCCGACUUACCUUUCGUCUUUCAGUCUUUUUCUGUGUGCUUUUUCAAUCGGGUUCCUUGGACCUUUACAUGGACUUCCGUUCACAGCUCAACUUUGGACUAUCGUUUUAUCACAAAUAACUUUACAUAUCGGCCUAGCGAUCGCAUUUGUCGGUACAUUUGAUGGGGCAAUGAAAGCUCAUGGACGAAGUGAAUAUUGUGACGAUCCAUUGAUACCACGGACAAUUAGUAGUAUUUUCGUUGCUUUCUAUUGCUUUGGAAAUGGAGUGGGUCCUGCAUUGGCUGGUUUUCUCGUUGAAAAUAUGGGCUAUCGUAAAGCUGGAUGGCCAUUGGUCUGCCUUGGACUUGCUACGGGAAUCGCCUUAUGGAUAUCAGGAUUUGCUGCUAAACAACAUCAACCCGACUGGACACAAGUAGCCAAAGAUGAGACACCCUUUUACCGUCGCAUUUCAAUAAGCAAAAGUACCCACAUCAAAUGUGUCACAACGGCUCAAGAACCAAUAGAGGAAAAUCAAUAAAGGAAAAACAAUUUUGAUUAUACAAUUAUGAAGAAAACGGGUAAUCAAAGGCACACCAAUCAACCUCUAAGGAUAAGUUGUAUUUCUGCUACUGUAACAAUUAAAGGAUACACAGAAAAUCAAUCAA